AUGCGGACACAACGCGAAUACCACAUUGUUGUUUUGGGUGCUGCUCAAUUCGUUCAAAAUGUUUGGAUCGAAAGUUACGACCCAACGAUCGAGGAUUCAUACCGGAAACAGAUUGAGGUAGACGGUCGCCAAUGUAUACUGGAGAUUCUCGACACGGCAGGAACAGAACAGUUCACUGCAAUGAGAGAGCUCUACAUGAAGCAAGGCCAAGGCUUCCUCCUCGUCUUCUCCAUCACCAGCACGUCCUCCCUAAACGAACUCUCCGAGCUACGCGAGCAAAUUAUCCGAAUCAAAGACGACGAAAACGUCCCAAUCGUGAUCGUGGGCAAUAAAUCUGAUUUGGAAGAAGACCGAGCCGUACCACGCGCCCGCGCCUUCGCUCUAUCCCAGAAAUGGGGUAACGCCCCAUACUACGAGACAUCUGCUCGCCGCCGUGCAAAUGUCAACGAAGUCUUCGUCGACCUGUGCCGACAGAUCAUCCGCAAAGACUCCGAGGGGUCAAGAAACAGCGGUGAUCCCAACCGCAAGCGCGAGGGUCCAAAUCGCCAUGACCGCAAGAGAGAUAAUCGCCGCCCGAAACAUCGUCGUGGGCCGUGUGUCAUCCUUUGA